UCUGGUAAAGCACUGAACUGAUGGUAUAAACAGAAUUGAGAUCCUUUUCGGAUUUUGCACUCUGGAACUCACGAAUCGAAUAAUUCAGAUCUUUCAAUUCAAAUCUUGUGCUUCCUCUUAUAGCUGGUUCCAUUGGCUCAUGAUCUCUCUCCAAUGCCCAAAUAUUUCUCUUUUGAACAGUUUGUAUUGCUCAAAUCGUAAGUCUAUAGAGGGUGAGAUCCGGAGAAAAUCUUAUUCCGUAUUGGCAAAUGCACGCAGUAACAGUAGAAAUUUAUGAAAAAGUAACUUCACUGAUUUUACUCGAGUUUGCUGUAACAUUCACUUCCCUACACAAUAAUGCCUGCAGGGGGGCUUUAGUGCUUUUCUUGCAUCACUCCUUUUUCUUCCCUCCCACUGUUUUUCUGGAAAGCAAAACGUAAAGUUGACGCCUCCUACUCCCUCCCAUCUAUCAAUUCAAUCCAAUUCAAUUUCCCAUUCAAUCACUCCAAAAAUCUCACAGCCAUUCUUGGUUUACUUGAAUUUCCCAAAAACCCCUCCUCACCAUUCUUUCAAAUUCAAGUCCCGCAUAACUUUUUGGAGCUGGCAUUCGAUCUUUCUUCAAAAUCCCAUCAAAAUUUUAUAUUUUUCUCACAUACCCUUUUUCUUUUGAAGCUUUAUCUUCUCAGAGAUCGAAGCUUUAUUAUUGUUCUUUGAAGUGGUGGAGAAGCCAUGAAAGAGAGAGGCAAAGCUGUGGAAACAGCUCACGACAAUAUCGACAUGGAGUACUACUCUUCGUCCGAAAUGCCGUGUCGAAGACACCCAAAUUCGUCUUCCGUCGGGAUAUGCGCAUUCUGUCUAAAAGAUCGUUUACUCCAGCUGGUCUGCUCCGACUGCGGCGAGCAGCGCCUCUCUUCCUGCUCCUGCUCCGCCGUCUCGUCAAACCGCAACUCCACCGUGGAGGUCGGCAGCGUCGGCAGAGUCUCGUUUCUGAUCGAGAACGAAAAGCACGAGUCUUUACAAAAACCCAACAAAACCCAAGAGAAAGAAGACGUCGUGGUGCUCCGGAGAAGCAGCAGCAGCUGCGUAGAGAUCAAGAAAAGUAAUUUUUGGAGAUUUGGGAGGUUUUUUCGGAAGAAGAGAUCGGAAAAAGAUGGUGGGAAUACGAGUGUUGGUGGGUUUGAUGAGAAAAGUGAGAUGUGGCUGGUGGAUCAUAUGGGGGUGUCGAGAUCAAGGUCUCUCUGCAGUUUCAGAGGUGGGGCACUCUUAGGAUCGGAGGACGGCGGAGAACAUUUGAUGGUUUCCGCCGCCAGGAGCUCCAUUUCUGCUGCCAGAAGCUCCAGCGUUACUACUGCCGGAAUGGUUCUGGAUUCUGGAAGAAAGAGUGGAUUUAGUGAGGGGAGAAAGAGUGGAUUCAGUGAGGGGAGAAAGAGUGGAUUCAGUGAGGGAAGAAAGAGUGGAUUCAGUGAAGGGAGAAGGAGCGGAUUUAGUGAAGCGGAGCCGAGAAAAAGCGGUUUCGAUGGUGAAAAGAAAGAUGAAGUUGUAGGGUUUACCGGGGCAACGAAACGCGUUUUUUCGCUGAAGGAGAGUGAUUUCGGCAUGGAUGAAUCGGGGUUUAUCGAUUUGAAGCUCGAUUACGCGGCGGAUUCGAAGCCAGAGUUUUCUGGCAUGAGGAUGAGGAGCAUUGCAGAUGGAGAGACUGUUUUUGGGAGCAUGAGAAGGAGUGAGUUUGUGGGAGGUGAAUGUGAUGUGGGAUCAUUUGGUAUUUUCAGACAUGGUGGUUCUUGUAGAUUGACAGUGGAUGAGAGGGGGAUAAAGAGGGGGAGGAAAAGUUUGAAGGGAUGGAGGUGGAUUUUCAGGCAUCAUCCAAGCUGGGGAAGUAGUAGGAAGAAAGAUGAAGAUUUAAUGUUCAAAACUUAACCGUGUUUUUUCUGUGCUUUACAAAAAUAAUGUUUGUUAUUUUCUUUUUCUUGAAGCCCUCCAUUUGUAGUUAGUCACUAGUUACACAUUUACUGCCAAGAUUUUCCUCUUUGUAUUUAUGUUGAUGUUGGUGAAUGUUAAAACUUAAAAGGAUGUAGCUCAUACUAAAUGAGACGUUGCAGAAGCUGGUUAGUUCAGUCGUCAAGACAGGUAGUCCGUCUCAUUCUCAUUCGGUGCAUACCGUCUUGUCAAAAGAUAAACUAGGUUUGCAGAACAUAAAAACGAAGGAAGAAAGCAAUGGUCUUGUAAAUUAUCAGCAUACAUUGCUGCUUUACUGAUUAAAUGGUAUUAAUUA